AUGGCGCGAACGGUUGGAAUAGUGUUUGUAGCGCUGUUUUUCAUGCUACGAGUCACCAAGGCUGCGCGUUUUCCAGACAUAUCGGCUUUCAACGGCUGGUGGUCAAAAGGGGGUUCAGAUGAUGAUUCAAGAGGAAACAAAGACGUCGAAGUGGUAUACUUACCAGCACUAAUACCUCGUGAAGCACAGGUUGCCGAAGAUUCUGCACAAAAUGACAUUCCACUACCUUACAGUUUUGAAGCCUUCGGGAAGAACUUCGACCUCCAACUCUUACCGAAUAGGCGACUCGUGUCUCCUCAGUUCCGAGUGUGGUCUGAGGACGGUCCCGAGGACCCCUUGUCGGCUACUGAUUCUUCUUGCCACUUCCUUCACAGUGGCCCUGGAGCCGUCGCUGCUUUCUCCGCUUGUAGAGACCAUGCUCUACACGGUCUUAUCAUGACUGAUAAUUCCACGUAUGAAGUGCGACCUUUAAAGACUGGAGAAGGAAGGUCAGAACAUGGGAAACAACACAGAGAUCGCAGGGCUCAUAUCAUCCGUCGUGCGAAUCCUCCUCCUAUGACUAUCAACGAUGACCGUCCACUGAGACACAGAGCCCGUCGCCCCCGUCUCAAUAUUAACAAACCACCGCCUUCUUCCUACACCGUCGAAAUAGCACUGUUCCUGGAUGAAGCCGCUUACAAAAUAUUUCAUCCUCAUCUUAAUUACAAUGAGGCUGAUCUACGGGAUAUGUUGUUGGCGUACAUCAAUGCGGUGCAGGCCCUAUAUCACCAUUCGUCCCUUGGGACCCGUGUUCAACUGUCUCUGGUGAGACUCACCCUGCUUCGAACACAACCAGCGGGUCUAUCGUUACAGGCGGAGCGAGGUCGUUUGUUGGACUCGUUCUGCGCGUACCAGAGAUCGCUGAACGUAGAUGAUGAUGACGACCCUGAACAUUGGGAUAUGGCGUUACUACUUUCUGGAUUAGACUUUUAUUCAGAGGAGGGAGGUCGUCGGAACGGUGUGACGAUGGGUCUAGCGCCUGUGGGAGGAGUCUGUCUCCCUGCACACGCGUGUGUCGUAGCCGAGUUUGGAGCUUCAGAUACUCUUGGAAGACCGUACCCCUCUGCUGGGUUCACAUCCGUCUACAUUCUAGCACAUGAGAUUGGACACAAUCUGGGCAUGCAUCAUGAUGGGACUGGUAACGCAUGUUCCCGCGACGGCUACAUCAUGUCUCCAUCGCGCGGCACCAACGGUGAAGCGACCUGGUCACACUGCAGUGCACAAGUCGUCGCUGACUUGAAGUGGGCAACAUGUUUAUUCGAUGGCGAUGACGAUACUGACAUACCACCACAACUAGAGCAUGAGAGAUUUGGUGACGCCCCCGGACUUGUUUGGGUAGCGAAGAAACAGUGCGAAGUGCUCCUCCGCGAUAAAGACGCGACCCCAGCUUCUCCGGAGCCUGGUGUGAGUGUGUGUGUGCAGCUCGCGUGUAGGACUCCUCACAGAGCAGGGUUUUAUUACGCCGGACCCGCGCUCCCUGGAACUCCUUGCGCACCCGGGAAGUGGUGUCAUGGCGGGGAGUGUGUGGCUGCUGAUCCUACCGUGGCAGCCCUGCCUCCGGUAAUGAGUGACAGCGGCAGUACAUGGAGCGAGUGGUCAUCAGGGUCGUGUCGUUCAGGCUGCACACUGGAGGGCCGAGGAGCGGUGGAGAAACGACGCACAUGUCCUCAAAACGCUAUCUGCGAAGGACCUUCUUAUGAUGUCGUACUAUGUGAUGAUUCGAAGGUGUGCGGUAAGAAACGACGCACAAGUGCCAGUGAGUUGGCGGGUCGUCGCUGUGCUCAGUACGCGGCGCGCAUCCCAGCUCUUGAUGCAAGAGGAGGAGGUCUACAGGCGCCUCAUGAUCCUACUCGUAUGUGGAUGGGAUGUGCGAUAUUUUGUCGUCGUGCGAGCGGCGGCGGGUUCUACGCGCCUCGUGUAGAGUUGAACGAUGCUGGACUGGAUCCUUACUUCCCGGACGGCACGUGGUGCCAUCACGACGGACAGACCCACUACUACUGCCUUCAACACCACUGUUUACCAGAGAAUUUCAAGAUGUCAGCUCAGUACCACAUCUGGGAGUUACCGAGCGAGGAUGUCGGUGGAUCUUUCAACGCCAGGGCUCGAGCGGCGCCGGAUGACGGAGCCUCUGCAGCCCUUCGUGCUUAUAUGACCCUGGACGACGCUGGAGCACCCCUCUUCAGAGCCGCAAUACCACCACACAUCCCAGAGGAGCCUGAGAGUGACUGGGAAGUAAUAGAUUACGUCGAAAUACCAGCCAGAAACAACACAGAUUGA